AUGAAAUCUGAACCGUGUCCUCCCCAGACACAAAAAAGGACUUGCAGCCAGGUAUUUUGGACUGUCUUUCCUCAUGCCUGCUUCCUCUGUGCUUUAGUUAUCUAUGCAUUGCUGGGCGCCCUCAUGUUUUCCCAUGUGGAAGGCAACAGAGAGAGCAACGAAAGUGAGGCAUACAGGAGAUUUAUGCUGAGUCUUUGGAAUCUCUCAAAGGAUUUGUCAGAGAAUGAGACCUCAAAUGAGAUAUUUAAGAACAGAAUGCAUGAAUUACUCAAUGAUAUUGACUUCAUAUGGUUUUCCAAUCCCAAAAAGAAGUGGUCCUUCCUUGGCUCUCUCUUUUUCUGUUGUACUGUCUUCACAACAGUAGGUAAGUAUGAUAUUUUAAAUUUCAUGUUGGAUUUACUCAGAUACUUGAUCUCAUUGAAAAAUGCUGCACUUGCACAGCUCAUUGUGGUCGUGGCAUUAGGAAGGUUGAGAAUCACUGUUCUAGAGGAUUGGUGCAGCUGUUAUGGUCAUACCUAUCCUGUGACAAGACUUGGGAAAUAUUUGUGUAUGCUGUAUGCCUUAUUUGGCAUACCCCUGAUGUUCUUGGUUCUCACUGAUAUGGGAGAUAUCCUUGCAGCUAUACUAUCUAGAUCUUACAAUAAAAUGAGACAGCUACAGUCAAAAUUGUUAAGCAGACUCUCUCGCGGACCUUACUGCAAAAAGAGGAGAGAGUCAAAACCAUCAUCACUGAGACAAAACAAAAUAGUGCUUCACGAACCUUUAAAUAUUAAAGAAGUGCUACAAAGCAAUUCUUCCUUUAAAACAAAGCCUGGACAAGAUCAAAACGUUGAAAUGUUUGAAAGACUUAUUGCUAGGGAGAAUGACUUUCUUGCACCGCCAAAACCUAACAAAUUUGAACGGUGGAGUUCGUGUCCUGAGCUAGACAAAAGGCCCAUGAUGAAUCACAUGGUUGGCAACAUUGACAAUAUGGGGAAAGGAGUAGAAAAGCUGGAUGUACCCUUUUUACUGAUGACUUUUAUUGUCUUCGCAUACAUUUCCUGUGCUGCUGCUAUUCUUCCCCAUUGGGAACAUGACUUGAAUUUUGAGGGUGCUUUCUAUUUUUGCUUUAUCACCUUAACAACAAUUGGCUUUGGUGAUGUCAAACUGCGGCAUCCCAACUUUUUCUUGUUCCUCUCAUUUUAUAUUGUGGUCGGCAUGGAAAUUGUGAUCAUCGCUUUCAAGCUGGGACAAGACAGGCUUCUAAGUCUUUACAAAAAGCUAGUUUCCUUCAUUGGCCGGAAAAACAUUCAACAUGAAACAGUAUGACAAAUAUCUAUAUAACCAAAAAAAGAAAAAAGAAAAAAAAAGAAAUGCCAAUGCCAGUUUUGGAAGCAUGUCCACAGACAGCAGCAAGUUAAAAUGGAUGGAAGAUCAUACAGGAA